AUGACUUUCUGUGUUUUGGAAAAUUUACCCGAUAAAAGGUCAUUGAGUUGUAUACGUUCACAUUUCAUUCGUGACAAAAUUGGUUGUGGUGGUGGUAUAUUAACGGAAAAUCUGGCCCGUUUGGGUGCCCACAUUACGGCAUUGGAUUUAAGUGAAAAUAUGAUUGAAAUAGCCCGACAACAUUUAGCCAAGGACUCAGAAUUGGCAAUGGCCAAUCGUAUAGACUAUAAAGUCGAAGCAAUAGAACAACAUGCUAUACACACAAAGAAUUUCUAUGAUGCAAUUGUGAUAUCAGAAGUAUUGGAAAAUAUAGAUGACAAAGAAGAAUUCUUAGCGGCAGGGAUAGAGACUUUGAAGCCCGGUGGUUCGGUUUUCAUAACGACAAAUAAAACCUAUACCAUGUGGCUGGUUGGUGUUCUAUUCGGUGAAUAUAUUCAUCGUUCGAUACCAAUUGGAACACAUCAUUAUGGUAAAAUGAUAUCACCGCGUGAUGUUGAAAGGAUAUUGAAUGGAUUUGAACUUAGUCACGCAACAAACAACAUGUCACUUCAAUCACUAAAGAGUUUUAAUCGAGUGCUAAUCCAUGGCAAUAGGUUACCCAUUAUAUCCUGGAGUUUUGUAAGAAAUGUGAAAACCAAUGAAAAUGUAUCGGAAACAAAUGCAGGAUAUAAUCUAAGCAAACACACCCAAAGUGAAGUGAAACAUCAUUCAGAUUUAGCCAUUGAUUGGUGGAAUGUUAAUGGUCCCAUGAGGGCACUGCAUUCCCUAAAUAAAAUCAGAGUGCCUUUCAUUUGCGAUGGUUUACGGCAACAAGGUAAACUUUCACCAAAUACGAAUUCAGAAACUCUCACAAAUCAACAAAUUUUGGAAAUUGGUUGUGGUGGUGGUAUACUCACCGAAAAUCUAGCUAGCCUGAGUGCCAAUGUAACCGGUUUGGAUUUAAGUGAAAAUCUAAUUUCCCUAGCCCAGGCACAUUUGGCCAAGCAACCAAAAUUUGCUCACCUCAUUCAAUAUAAAGUAGAACCAAUUGAGACGCAUGCCAUGGCUAGGAAAAAUCAUUAUGAUGCCAUAGUUAUUUCGGAGGUAUUGGAACAUAUCGAUGAUAAAAUUGGAUUUCUUACCGCAAGUGUUGAUGCUGUUAAGCCAGGAGGAUCUAUUUUCAUAACAACCCUUAACAAGACCCUAACAAUGUGGGUGGUGGGUGUUUUAAUUGGCGAAUAUAUGUUACAGGCAAUACCAAUUGGUACCCAUCAUUACAAUAAAAUGAUAUCUCCGGCCGAUGUGGAACGAAUUUUAAAAACAUUGAACUGUGAUACAAUACUUGUAAAGGGUAGCUCCUACAACUUUUUCCGAAACUCUUGGCGUUGGAUUAACAGUACAUCGAUGUUUUAUGCUCUGCAUGCCGUAAAACGACAAUGA